CUCUCUUCCGCAAAGCAUUACAUUUUGGCGCGACAUCUCACACGGUCAUAUUUUGCAUUUUGUUCUUUGACUACUCGACAAUUUAAUUUAAUUUAUGUCCGCAAUGGCCGACGCUCUGAAGGCUGAGGGCAACAAGGCGUUCGCCGCGAAGGACUUCAACUUAGCCGUUGAGAAAUUCUCCGCGGCCAUUGCACUCGAUUCCAGCAACCAUGUCUUGUACUCCAACCGGUCCGGUGCCUACGCUUCCCUUAAGAAUUUCGACAAAGCCCUCGAGGAUGCCAAAAAAACCACCGAGUUGAAGCCAGACUGGCCCAAGGGUUGGGGCCGAAAGGGCGCUGCGAUGCAUGGAUUGGGAGAUCUCGUCGGUGCCCAUGAUGCAUAUGAAGAGGCUCUCAAGUUGGACCCAGCCAAUGCCCAGGCGAAAUCCGGUCUUGAGUCCGUGAAGCGGGCAAUUGAUGCUGAAGCUAGGGCAGACGGCGUCGCAGGAGACCCAACAGGUGGCUUGGGUCGGAUGUUCAACGACCCGCAGCUCAUCCAGAAACUGGCGAACAACCCAAAAACCUCCCAGCUCCUUGCCGAUCCCUCAUUUAUGGCCAAGCUUCAAAAGGUAGCGCAGAAUCCAAACAGCAUCGGCGAAGAGAUGCGUGACCCUCGGUUCCUUCAAGUCAUUAGCGUUUUGCUUGGAAUUGAUAUGCAGUUCGGAGCUCCUCCCGAAGGUGGUGCUCAACCCAGUGGACAACCAAAGGAAGCCGAAGAGGAUGUCCCCAUGCCAGACGCAAAGCCUCAAAAGGCGCCUGAACCAGAGCCCGAGCCCGAGCCUGAAGACGAGGAGACAAUUGCAAAACGAAAGGCAAAGGAAGCAGCCGACAAGGAGAAAAAUCUAGGUACAGAAAAUUAUAAGAAGCGACAAUUUGAUGCUGCCAUUGAGCAUUAUAGCAAGGCAUGGGAAUUACACAAAGAUAUUGCCUACCUUACCAACCUCAGCGCCGCUUAUUUCGAAAAGGGGGAGUACCAACAGACUAUCGAGGCCUGCGAGAAAGCCAUCUCUGAAGGUCGUGAAAUGUUGGCCGAUUUCAAGCUUAUCGCAAAGGCGUUUGGAAGAAUCGGUUCAUCAUACGAGAAGCUGGGAGAUUUACCAAAAGCUAUUGUCAAUUACCAGAAAUCCCUUACCGAACAUCGCACGCCCGAUAUCCUUUCCAAGCUACGAAGCGCGGAAAAGGCCCAGCUUAAGGCUGAGAAGGACGCCUAUGUUAAUCCCGAGGAAGCUGAAAAGGCUCGUGAGCUUGGAAACCAGAAAUUUAAGGAUGCUGACUGGCCAGCCGCUGUUGACGCCUACACCGAGAUGACAAAGCGUGCUCCUGACGAUCCUCGUGGCUAUAGCAACCGCGCCGCUGCAUUGAUUAAACUUAUGGCGUUCCCCCAGGCUGUCCAGGAUUGCGACGAGGCGAUCAAGCGUGACCCAAAGUUUAUUCGAGCAUACCUGAGAAAGGCACAGGCACUGUUUGCCAUGAAGGAGUACAACAGGUGCCUUGAUGUGUGUACUGAAGCUGCCGAGCAUGAUGAAAGCGGGUCCAGUGCUCGUGAAAUCGAACAACAACAGCAGAAGGCCUUGGAAGCGCAAUUCAGCGCGCGUGCUGGUGAGACCGAAGCGGAGACUGCUGAGAGGAUUCAACGCGAUCCUGAGAUUAUGGCUAUUGUGCAAGACCCAGUCAUGCAAAGCAUCUUGCAGCAGGCGAGAAGUGACCCCGCCGCGUUGCAGGAGCAUAUGAAGAAUGCUACUGUUAGGAUGAAGAUCCAGAAGCUGAUUGCGGCUGGCGUGAUUCGUCUUGGCCGGUAAUGUGUGUUUGCUUGCGGGAGAGCCGUCGGGUUCAUGUUGACGAAGUGGAUGACCUGAUGAACGAAUAACUCGAUUGUGAUCCGAUGCAGUACGUACGUGAUGAUUAUCUCUGAAGCCACCGAUUCAAUCAAUAGGUUAACCUGGCCCUUAACCCUAUUGUCACUCGUAUCUACCAAUGCAGAUUCAAAUACGCUGCUUAGCCUGGCGUCCCCUUCAUAAUAUCACUAUUCGGCGGGAACGCCCGCUAGUUUUGCAAAGUGAGCAGUGUUGCGGACUUUUCAGGCUUCAACUCUUAAAUCAAUUCACUCCACUCAAAAGUACAAGUUUAAUUCGAAGCACUGGCUUUUGCAACUUGCACUAUCAACGCUUAGAGGCCAAGAUUUCUCAUGUCGUAGUAGUGGUACUGUUGGUAGAGUCACCUUGGGCUGUAUUCUUCUGCUAAGCAUGCUAAUGCCCCGUCUGAUAUUCUUGUCCAGCGGAUUGUAAAUUUUCUGUUAUGAAACAUUUUAAGUUGCUAUGAGGUACGGAGUAGUUAGCUAUCAAUUCAAUAUUUUAUGGUAG